UGGUAGUUGACGUGGGUUCCGGUGUCGUCGAUGGAAGAGGCGUCCAGGAUGGUUAUUGACGGCGUUGUCAGGGGUCGUGCUUUAACGACAGAUGAGAGGACGACUAUCGCUGCGACGGUGAAUGUCGUCCUCUAUCGUUGUCAAGUGAAGAGAACCGCAGGGAAGAUCAAAGCAGCUGCUCGCGCGCGACGGAAGGUGACGGCACUGGCGAGCAGCGGUGAAGGCUUGGACCUGGGAGCACUUUCGGACGUCGUCCUCCAGGUGUGCUACGCGUUGGGGUGCGGCGCCUUUCCGAGGGCGACUCCAAGAUGGUGGAUGAAGCGGUGGACGGGAGGAACAUGGGAGGACGUGCACCAAAGCGACGACGCCACCGACGACUACUUCAGAGACAAGCUCCGAAUGUCGCCACGUGUCUUCCGCGAAAUCGCGAAAACGCUUUGUUCAUACCUGCAACGGCAUGUGACGUUUUACAGAGUGCCUUUGCAGUCGGAUCACAUCGUGGCGUACGCUCUUUAUAGGUGGGCGACGGGUGAGACCUACGACAGCGGAACGUGCAGCUUCGGCAUCGGGAGGGCUUCUGGCAUCACGGCGGUCCGAGACGUUACCGCUGCCUUGCUUGCUGCGUACCCGGACAAGAUUUCGUGGCCCACUGGCUUGCAGAAGGCGGUCGUGUUGUGCGCGUUUGCAGACAAGGGAUUUCCAAAUUGCCACGGGUGCAUCGACUGCACCCACAUCUACGUGGACAAACCCGCCAACGCGAACGGGGAGGACUACUGUGAUCGGAAGAGGCGAUUCUCUGUGCAAGCGCAGGUUGUCGUCGACAUGAAUUUGCGUGUGUUGGACGUCUUCGUCGGUUACCCUGGCAGCGUGCAUGACAUGAGGAUGUUACAUCUGUCCAGUUUGUGGGAGCGCAGGGAGUCUGGACAACUUUUCACUGACCCGCAUGUCAUGCUAUCGUUCGGUGUCCGAACAAAUGGAUACUUGCUCGGCGACAACGGCUAUCCCCAGUCGGAAUGGAUUGUCGUCCCGUAUGGAGGUCUCGCGUAGCAUCCCACGGAGGCACGGUUCGACAACAAGCAAAAGACGGCG